ACUUUUCUUUUCUCAUGUUCUCUUGGAUGUUUUUUACAUUUUAUUGCUAAAUGGUAUCGGUUUAGAUUAUUUAGUGUUUCUGGAUCGAUCUCACAUCAAAAAUGAAUAAUUCAGCCGCUAAAGUAGGCGAAAUAUUCCGCGAGGCCGGCACGGCGUUCAACAAAUUGUCCGAAAUGACAAUGCUGUUGCACCCCAUGGGCGACUCACAACCUGGUGGCAAAUGGACAGAGGAAGAAAUCGAGAUGCUUCGCGCAUGCGUGCAUCGCUUCGCCAUUGAUCUGAACAAACUGAGCCAGCACAUCAAAAACAGAACCGCGUCGCAGAUUCGUACUACACUCAAGAAAAAAGCGUUCGAGGACGCAGGUAUACCUGUCAGGCAGGUAAGCAGCACUGUGACCAACUGCCAAACUCCGUCGCCGACUCCCCAGGUAGCUCCACACGCCGUGCACUCCACGCGUGACCCACAGCCCGUAUUAGGAAAAAACGCCGAGGUGACUCUGAACAUGUUGAACGCGACCGAGAACGAGGUCGACGUCGAGGGUCUGACCGGAGAUGUCAAACUCGAGUUCGAGCCGGCGGACGAAGUAGCCACCUGAAACCUGUUUAGCU